AUGGUUCUAAAAGUGUAAUUAAGCGUGCAGACGUUUAGCUGACGUAUACUGACAGGAUGGAAGGAAGAUAAAUAUCUCUGUUAUAUUCAAUAUAUUUUUUAUCCAUAUUUCGUAACCGUUAAGAAUUUUCCGAAAGGAUUUGGCGAAAUGUUAUCACUAGGAUGUUUACUCUAUUAUGGAGUAGUACUGGGUGUAUUUAUUAUAAUUUUGCUCUGUAUAACAUUAUAUAUUACAAGUGAACAGUACCCAAAAAUUUGGAGGGAUAAAAAUGAAGAAUUCUUUUUUAAUUCUCAAAUAAAAAAGAAAGAGGCAUUUCCUUCAUUACAUGAUCCUUGGGAUGUACAUCUCAGUGUCAUUAUACCUGCUUACAAUGAAGAGUACAGAUUACCACCAAUGCUGGAGGAAUGUUUGGAAUAUUUAGAAAAACGUGCAAAAUCUGGAUUUACUUAUGAAAUAAUAGUAGUUAGUGAUGGUAGCACUGAUAAGACUGUUGAUGUCGCACAACAUUACGCAUCAAAAUAUAAUACUUUAAGAGUAUUGGAUCUUGUUAAAAACAGAGGGAAAGGUGGUGCUGUAAGAUUGGGUAUGCUAAGCGCAAGAGGUAGCGCUUUAUUGUUUGCAGAUGCAGAUGGAGCUACUAAAUUUCAUGACCUAAAAAAAUUAGAUGAGAGUUUAGUGGAUGUAUUAGGAUUUAAUUAUAUCGAUAAACCUGAAGAAACAGCAUUAUCUGAUGCAAUAAUAUGUGGAUCAAGAGCACAUUUAGAAAAAGAAGAAACAGCAAAGCGAUCUUAUUUUCGAUUAUUUCUCAUGCAUGGAUUUCAUUUCCUAGUUUGGUUAUUGUGCGUAAGAGGUAUUAGAGACACGCAGUGUGGAUUUAAACUUCUAACCAGAAAAUCAGCAAGAACAAUAUUUGAAGCCUUACAUGUUGAACGCUGGGCUUUUGAUGUGGAAAUGCUUUACAUAGCGCAGACUUUUAACAUUCCUAUAACUGAAAUAGCGGUAAACUGGAUGGAAAUCGAAGGCUCUAAAAUAAUACCGUUUUGGAGUUGGUUGCAAAUGGGCAAAGAUUUACUCUUUAUUUGGCUAAGAUACAGAAUUGGAGCAUGGAGGAUUAAAACCAAAAUAGUAUAAUAAAAUGAAUGUCAAAUUUAUGACUAUGAAUGUAA